AUAAUUGGUUAGUGUUUAGUUUUUCUUCGCCGUAAAGCACCCGUUCAUUGGUGUUAUUGGUUGCCAGACCAUGAUUGUCCACCUGUACCUAGUGGUUACACUACUGGUAACUACGCAAUGUACAUGGACAUAUGGAAAAGCCAUAGACCAGAGCGAAGCUACAGAAAAUAAGACAUCUGCUCAAAUAAUUGGUAAGAGAGUAGGAUAUGACUAUCCAGUUCCUGCCGUUGGCUUGACAGAACCGCACGACGCUGGAAUUAGUUCUUCUGGUGGAGGCACAUUUGGUGGCGAUAUUUCCAGUCAUGUUUCCAUCGAAACACUUAAUAUUCAAAACAUAGGGGAUGACACAUCGGGAUAUGGUGGAAGUGGAGUUGUUGAAAGUCAACACGUUGCGGACAUUGAACAUCAACAUGUCAUUGAGGAUCACCACGAUGUUCACCAUGAUAUCCACCACUACGAUCAUCACGAUCAUCACGAUCAUCAUGAUCAUCAUGAUCAUCAUGACCAUCAUGACCAUCACGAUCCUGGAUAUUGGAAAAAGAAGGUAACUUGGAAAAAAGGUUGGAAAAAGAUAUGGAAACCAGCCCAAAAGAAGAUAUGGAAACCUCAAUGGAAAAAAUAUUGGAAACCUAUUUGGGUACCAACCCAGAAACCUGCUUGGAAAGAAAUCCAAGUUCCAGACUGGAAAAAGAUAUGGAAACCAAUAUGGAAACCUAUUCAAGUUCCAGCAUGGAAAGAAAUUCAGGUUCCUGAUUGGAGGAAAAUUUGGAAGCCAAUUUGGAAACACAUCCAAGUUCCAGCUUGGAAGGAAAUUCAAGUUCCUGAUUGGAAAAAAAUUUGGAAACCAGUAUGGAAAGAAAUUUCCGUUCCAGCAUGGAAAGAUAUUCAAGUACCAGCAUGGAAAAAAUAUUGGUACCCCGUGUGGGUUAAAGAAGGAAUUCAUGGUGAACAUUAUUUAGGGAAAGAUCACGAUGGAAGUGAAUACACUGCACAUGAUAUUUGGAAAAAGAAAAUCGUAUGGAAAGCUGCAUGGAAGAAGUAUUGGAAACCAGCUAAAAAGCAAAUAUGGGUUAAAGAUAAGAAAUUAGAAUGGAAGGAAGCUUGGAAACAAAUUUGGAGAACCGAAAAGAAACAAAUUUGGGUCUCUGAUAAGAAAUUAGCUUGGAAGGAAGCAUGGAAACAAAUAUGGCGAACGGAAAAGAAACAAAUUUGGGUCUCUGAUAAGAAACUCGUUUGGAAAGAGGCUUGGAAACAAAUAUGGAGAACUGAAAAGAAGCAAAUCUGGAUUCCUGACAAAAAACUGGAAUGGAAGGAAGCUUGGAAACAAAUAUGGAUACCGGAUUACAAACAAAUUUGGGUUCCUGGUUGGAAGGAAAUUUGGAAACCAGUUAUUAUUCAAGAAUGGUUCCCGACCCCAGACCACCAUGACCAUCAUGACCAUCACGAACACCAUGGUUGGGAUAGAUCAGAUGCAAAUGUAACAAAAACUGAAGUGUAACAUUUUAAGUUAUAAUACAUAUUAAGUUAACAAAACCAAAUAUACUAAUUCCAUUGAAUUAGAAAACGGAUUUCUCUAAAUGGAAUAGGCAUGAGUGUAAUACAUGGAAAUCAUCAUGGAAAAGAAAUACACUUAACACGUUGUGUACCAAGGUGUGUAAAUAUUAAGAGUGUAAUAAAAAAACUAAAUGCGUGCCAUAAAUAAAAAUUUUGAUACAAAAAAAUCAAGGAACUUAAUAAUAAAUAAGAAUGUAUAAUUAAAUUAUAUUAUUCUAAUGUCAUUGGAAAGUACUGUGAUGUUAUAUUAAAAUAUUCUCGUAAUUUUAAUAUUACAUCAUAUACCCUAUGAUAAAAAAAA